CGUGGCUACACCAUACACACGGAAGUUAGUAACCUUAUGCACCUGUUUACACUUCCAAACGGGAAAGGGAACGAAUCGAUACGUAUUUACUCAAACGAAGUAGCUUCGAGACAGUUUUUUUUCCGACUUGAGACUUCUUUUUUGGAUUUUUUUUGUUGUUGUAAACAUCAACCUUAACCUUUAUGGACAAAUUAAAGAAAGUUUUGAGUGGCCAAGAUGGCAAUGACGACCUUAACGUACUGCAGUCAGCGAAUGAAGCAUCGACACUGGGAUGGGGCACGCGCGUCAAGGGAUUCAUCGCGUGUUUUGUGUCGGGCGUCUUGUGUUCAGUUUUGGGGACCUGCUUGCUUUGGGUUCCGAGAACCGGACUGAUACUCUUUGCGGUAUUUUACAGUUUAGGUAAUAUUGCUUCUCUUUUAAGCACAAUGUUCUUAAUGGGCCCAUUAAAGCAACUCAAGAGGAUGUGUGACAAGACGAGAGCUCUGGCAACUGGCAUUAUGAUUACAUGCCUGGUGCUAACCUUUUGUGCUGCUUUUUGGUGGAAGAACAAAGGCCUUGCUCUGCUGUUCUGUAUCCUCCAGUUUUUGGCUUUUACAUGGUAUAGCUUGUCCUACAUUCCUUUUGCAAGGAAUGCAAUUAUUAAGUUGUUCUCCACGUGCUUCAAGUGAGAUGCCUCUACAUUUGGCCUCAGCUCUCUCUGUGUGUGCUGCUUUGGCUCCAGCUUCAGUGCUGCCUUCGGUGCCACUCAUGUACCCACUCUGCAGCCGGGCACAGACACCUCACCACACUACAGGCUCCCCUUACUCUCCCCAACGGACGGAGAGUGUCCAUCUGUGUUAAGCACACACAGACAAUUACUCUCUCUCUCUUACACAAACACACACCUGUGCUUUAUGUUCAAGUAGAAAACUAUGAAGAGUUAAACAAAUACCGAGUAACAUCUUAUUGGGUAAAUGGUUGCGUUUCGGUCUUGUGAAUGUAGUGACAAGUUUUGUGCAGCAAGAUAGUGUAGCUUAUUUAACUGUUGUGUAAUUGCUUUAAUAAUUCCUUCCUACGUGCCUUCAUCUCUGUCUUCAUCCAAGGAUUACUUGAGGACUAGAUUGGGUAGAAAAGUAACCAGUGUUGCAGUUUUUUAUUUAGAUUUAUUUAUUUUUCCCAAGAACAAGAUAAUGAUAAAGGGCUUUCUUUUUUAGUUCAGAUGUUAUCUAUAAUAGGUAAGUGAAAUUAUGUCAGAAAUCUCUUAUUGCUAUCUUAUUAGAUAAAAUAAAUAUUAAACACUCAUUAGGGUGCAUAUGUAUAUCUUUAGGGUUCCUUUGUCAAACAACAUUUCUUUCUUUGAAGUUAAGAUCAAAAUGAUGUGGCUUUCUGAUGAAUGUUUCAUAUGCCUGUCCUUAUAUUUUCAAACCAUGUCUGGCACAUUUCCUUUUAACUGUAUUAAUUUCAAAAAUUACAGUAGUGGUUUUUCUUUAUUAUUGUAUGUCAGCUAUAUAUUUACAGAAGAGAUUCAUUUUAUUCAUGUGUAAAAAAAAAAAUUUGGACUGAAAAACGCAUUCCAGAAUUGUUUUGUAAUGACUGAAAUUCAAAUUUUCCCUAUCACGAUGAUUGUGUUGUUUCAUGUUUGUUUCAUUACAUAAAUUUGCAUUAUGUCUAUGUAAAAAAUAUAUAUUAUAUGUGGCGUUGAAGAAUUGUUACUGCUUCUGUAUGAACAUUUUAACAAUCCUUGCUAUUAAAAAUUAAUCAGAUUCAUGUAUACUGAUUAAUAAAUUUAC